GCUCUCUGUUUCUGCGUUUAGUGUAGUGAGUCUCACUUUUAUGAUCCAGAUCAGAAAUCCUGGCUUGGCUCCCAGGCUCUCUUUCUUCUGCCCUUAGCCAACACUGACUCUCAGCAAACAUGUUUGGGUUGAUGGAGAUGAGGACCUGGAUUGAGCCCGUUGUUGCUGGGGCUCAGCUUGCCAGCUCAUUCUAUGACACGGGGCUGCUGCUGGUGGUGAAGAAUUACUACAACCAGACUAACGUCUCCUCCUUCCUCUCCGACGAGGCUGUGCAGCAGAAAGCCAUCUCCAACUUCUACAUCAUCUACAAGCUCAUUGAUGGCCUGACCCCGCUGCUGACAGCUUACAGCCUGGCUAAACUGGGUGAUACGAAGAGCCAGAAGAUCUCCAUCUGCGUGCCUCUGGGCGGCUAUUUGAUCUCUCGGUUCCUUCUGCUCUGCUUGAUCAUGUUUUCAUGGCCGAUCGAGCUGAUGUACGGGGCUGCUGCCUGGCAUGGUCUGGCAGGAGGUUUCGCUACCUACUGGGGUGGCGUCAUGGCUGUGGGGUCUCAGAGCUCCUCCGAGAGCAGGAGAACACUGCGCCUCAUCAGCAUUGAGCUCAUCUAUGGCAUAGCCGGCUUUGUGGGGAGCAUUGCGUCUGGGCACCUCUUUCUCAGUUUCCACCUCGGUUACCAGCACGGCACGGUGCUGGCUUCUUGCAGCGUUGCCUUAUACGCUCUCUGUCUCCUCUACAGCAUGAUCAUCCUCCGAGUCCCCACGCCUGGAGGUUCCUGCCCAGCUACUACUGUGGCCCCCGAACAUCCUGACAGCAAGCUGGGUGAUGAUGACCAAGGGCCCAUCAUCCACGAAACAGAAAGGGACCCCCCAAUGGCCCCUUCCAAGCUUAUUAUUGCCAUGCUUUUUGUGGGGGCCAUCAUGUAUGACUUAUGUGUAGCAGGAGCCAUGGAUGUGCUGCCACUCUUCUUGCUCAAGGAACCCCUGAGCUGGGGACCAGUAUACAUUGGCUAUGCCAAUGCCGCCGGCUACCUGAUCUUCAUCACCAGCUUUCUGGGCGUCUUGGUGUUCUCCAGGUGUUUAAGGGACACCACGAUGAUCAUGAUCGGGAUCAUAUCCUUCUCAGCUGGGAUCCUCACCAUGGCCUUUGUGCAAAAGACGUACUUGUUUUACAUUGCUCGUGCAGUGAUGCUGUUUGCCCUCAUUCCCCUGCCAACCAUCAGGUCUUUGUUAUCGAAACAUGUAAGAGGAUCGUCAUAUGGAAAGUUGUUUGUUCUGCUGCAGCUGUCCCUGGUGAUCACAGGGGCUGUGACAUUAACAGCCUACAAUAAAAUCUACCAAACAACAAUCAUCUGGUUCAAUGGACUGUGCUUCCUAUUGUCAUGUGGCAUCGGUUGCCUAAGUCUGAUCCCCAUCAGUAUCGUAGCGUACAAGCAACAAGUAUCGUCUGGCUCGCUGGAGAUUUUAACCAACUGAGAGUAGAAAGGGCUGUACCUUUUUCAGAAGAAGACAUAUGGACUAGAACCAAUUCCACGUUCCAGCAGUCUGCUGCAUCAACUGUAUGAAAGGCCCCUUCGGUCUUGAGGCUGCACUAUGAGAACUGCUUAACUUUUAGGAGCUAGUCUCAGUAUUAACUCAUGCAUGCAGGAUGGGACAGCAGCCUAAAAAAGAAAAAGAUGGGUGCGGGGGGAGAGUCCACAGAACAAGUGAGAUUAGGAUUUACCACGGAGGUAGAGUUGCCAUUCUCCCUGCUUUUCCUAUCUGCCAGAGUUGCUACUGGAAUCACUUUGCACAGAACCAGUUCUACUUUCCACACAGACACUGUGGUUCUUAACUCUGGUCUCCUCUGUGCAUCUCUCCCAUCUCUGAAAGCAAAUGUCCACAGCAACCAAGGCGCCCUCUUUCUAGAACUUCCCUUUCUAGAGGUCUUCAAGCAGAGGCCGGACACAACAGCUUGGGAUGCUCUAGCUCUGGAAUGCCUGUAUCGAGGUGGGGAUUGGACCUAGGGUGUGUGAAUCUGCCUGGGUCCAGUCCAGGGGAUGGCCAUGAUGGGGAAAACCAGCUCUCUUGGGGCUUGAUGAAUUUCCACGGAGGUCCCCAGCCUGGCUUGUGGAUUUUGUCUAAAGUGUCCCCUUUAAAACAGCAAGCAAUUUUCAUACGUUGGGCGAAUUACAACCUAUUUUAUGUAAAUUGUGGCUGUAAAGUGCUUAGGU